AUGGCAAAAGACAAGGAGCGCACCAUCAACCCUGCCGCCGCGCAGCGGAAGCAGGAGAAAAUGAAAAGCUUGAAGAAGGGCAAGGCGGAACAAUUAGCACGUCGGAAUGAAAAGCUGGCCCGACGCAACCCGGACAGAAUUCAACGCCAAAUCAACGAUCUCAAAUCGAUGGAAGAAUCUGGGCAGCAAUUGCGACCCCGUGAUAAAGAAGUUCUGGAAGCCCUCGAGCGUGAUUUGAAGGCUGUCCUCAAAGCCCGAGAGGCUUUGGGCGACAAGGCGCCGCAGUUCAAUCAAGGAGCGAAAGGUGACUUUCACGGGACUCGAAGGGAGUCGGGGGAUCGGGUUCUGGGUAAGCGAAGGCGCGAUGGUACAUUUGGACGAGCACGAGAGGACAGUGAGGGUAGUGAAACAGACGAGGAUGUGCGAAGGAUACCCAUGCCUCGCGAUACCCCUCCACCGAUUCCUCGCGAGUUUCAACGGAAACGAAAUCCUGCACACGCCGAGGGAUCAACAGAGCGCCGCGGGCCUCAUGCGCUUCCGGCCAAACCACCGGUGGUCGAAGCGAAGACGGUCUACGAAGCAAAGCCCGAAAUUCGCGACCUGCGGAAGGAAGCUGUGAGCAAAUUCGUGCCAGCUGCGGUGCGAAUGAAGCAAGAUUCAAUCAAGGGGACAGGAAAGCUGCUGGAACCGGAGGAGAUGGAUAAGCUUGAGAAGGCUGGAUACACGGCUGGGCCCAAAGAAUCCACUUCAGGUGGUGCGGCAGCAGCAGCGGAAGAACAAUCUACAGCUGAAGAGCUCCGGCUGUUGGAGGAAGAAGAAAGGAGGUUUAAUCAAGAGAUCAAGAAGCAAGCUCACGUCGAAGAAGCUGACGAUGAGGAAGCAUGA